GUGUUUUUAUGUACGAAAUAAAUCUGGGUAAGAAUCAGAGACCCAACCAACAGAUAGAAGCAAAAUGGUGUCUUCUUCCUCAAUAAGAGCCUUUGGAGCAUUUCUCCAUAGAUUCUCCUAUGGCGUUUCUCUCCAACGCCCCAAAUCUUUCGCUCUUCAAAGUACUGCUUUGAUAAAUAGGAACUUAUCAUCUUCGUCUUCAGCAAAAUGGGUCUCGUCAUUUGAGCUCCAAUCUGUGAACCCAGUUAGAAAGAUUUGGACUUUCUCUCCUCUCUGUAUGGGCAGACGUUCCUGUAAGAUUGCUGGUAGAAAGGAGGCUCAGAAUGCAAAGAAGGCAAAGCUGUAUUGCAAAAUCGGCAAGGAAGUUGUGUCUGCUGUUAAAAAAGGUGGCCCCAAUCCAGUAUCAAAUACAGCUCUGGCUGCUUUACUUGACAAAGCUAAGGAGCUUGAUGUACCCAAGGAAAUCUUAGAGCGCAACAUUAAGAAAGCUUCUGAGAAGGGUCAAGAAGCUUACAUUGAGAAACUCUAUGAGGUCUAUGGUUUUGGUGGAGUUGGUAUAAUAGUUGAGGUCUUAACGGAUAAAAUAAACAGAUCAGUGGCAGCUGUUAGAGAGGUGGUGAAGGAUUGUGGUGGAAAGAUGGCAGAUCCUGGAUCCAUUAUGUUCAAGUUCAGACGUGCCAGAGUUGUAAAUAUAAAAGUCACAGAUGCUGAUAAAGACCAGCUACUUGCCGUUGCUUUAGAUGCUGGUGCUGAUGAUGUGAUUGAACCUCUGAUGGAUGAAGAUGACACGGAAGAUGAUUUGUUGGAAAGGUAUUACAAAAUUGUGAGUUCAGCAGAGAACUACACGUCAAUACUAUCGAAGUUGCGUGAGGAACGAUUAGCUUUUGAACCUGAUAAUGGAUCAGAGCUACUUCCGAUAACCCCAAUUGAGGUGGAUGAUGAGGCUAAGGACUUGAACAAGGAACUUAUGUCUCAAUUACUUGAACUUGAUGACGUUGACGCAGUGUAUACGGACCAGAAGUGAUCGUUCUAAGAUUUCUGCUUACCAUCUCUGUCAUUUAUACGAGGUUUGAACGCUUUUGGAUUUUGACUCAUCUUUGGUUGAUGGGUGAAGUAAAAUGGCUUGAUUCUGACUUCAUUUCUUUGUGAGGGUUCUAUUUUUUUGCUCCUGAUAGCAUAUCUAAGUUCUGGUCAGACAGUUACAGUUACUGCUUGUUCAUCUAUUAGCCCAGAAUAUUUUUUUCCCCAUAACCUUGAUUACAAGUGUUCUCUUAUACCCUGUUAGGAAAAAUAGAAAAGUAAGGAAUUCUGUUGUUUAUGACAUAAUAAUAGGCUCAAUACAUAUUUUCUUUACAGCAAGUCUCUUG